CAUCUUCUGCGUUCCUUGCUAUUGGCUGAAUCUUUAUUUCAGCAGUUUCUGGAUUUGUUCAAAUGAAGGGUUAGAAGCUACAACAAGGACAAAGCUGAAUCAAUACCAUUGGAGCUUAAUUCAGUAGCAUUGAUUGAUCAGUUAGAGAGAAUUCAUGAUUUCAUAUAGCAUGUGCAAUGUUGGAGCCCACUGUAAUUAGCAUUAAUCACUUAAUUUAAUUUGUAUUAUUCAUAUAAAGCAUGAGAUUUGAGAGGAUCAUGGAAUUUGAAACACUAUGUGAGUGCUGUGGGGUUGCAAGAGCCAUUGUUUAUUGCAAAUCAGAUUCUGCACGUUUGUGCAUGGAUUGUGAUGUGUCCGUACACAGUGCAAAUUGUUUAUCUAUGAGGCACCUUCGUUCUCUCUUAUGUGACAGGUGCAAUUCCGAAGCAGCAAUUGUUCAUUGCAUUGAGGAAAAGUUGUCAUUUUGCCAAGGUUGUUGUGAAUUGAACCAAAAUGGGUGUUCAAUUUUGGGACACAGGCUUCAAUCCUUGAAUUGUUACAAAGGUUGUCCCAAUUUCACUGAUUUGCCUGGCUUGUUCUCCUUUGUUCUCGAUGAUUAUUCCUGUUCAAGUGGUUUGGACCAUAAUGGUGGCGGCAGCGGAUCAAUUGACACAUCAUUGCCUAGAAGUGAAAGCUGCAAUAGCAAGUGUUUGGAGCAGCUUGUUAACACUAUUAACAAUGAUGGCAAUUUCGGUUUUGUUAAUGAAAAGUUGAAGGAAACAGAACCAUGUGUCAAAUUUGAGCCUUGGAUGGAGCAAUCUUUGAGUUCCGGCAUUCCUCCAUCAAAUGCAAACUACAUGUCAAUGCCAUACUCUGGUGACCAAGCAAUCCUCCUUCCAAACCUUCCAAAGUGGUUAGAAUUUGCACUGCAAGAAGUAGUAACGUACUUUCUGCAGGAAUGUCCGAAUUUGAACGAUCUAGGAAUCCAUGAUGGUGAUGGUCUCAACAUGGAUAAUUUUCAAUUUAACUUUGAAAAUACUGAUGAAAUAUUUGACUAUUCUCAAAUUGAUACAACAUACCAAGUUGUUAAUGGAGGAAUGGACUGUGAAUUAAUGGGAAAUAACAUAUCAGCAACAGAAUCUAAUGCUCUUUUUGAGAGUACAAUAGAGGCUGGUGGAUCAGCUAGCGAGAUGUAUGGAAUCAACAGCAAUGAGAAUUGUGUGCUUAUGCCUCCUAGCUGCAAUGAAAACAGCAAUCUGGGAUUCUCAAAGGGUGGUCAACUCUAUUCAAGCAUGUCACUUCCACUUCCUAACGGCGAGAGUGAAAUCGGUGCUACAGAUUAUCAAGAUUCUGGUUUGUCAUCGAUGUUCCCGAUGGGUGAUUUGUCUAUGGAACCAAUCUCAAAGGGUACAUGCCAGCAAGCUCGGGAGAAAGCAAAAUUGAGAUUAAAUGAGAAAAAGAAAAAUCUAAGGUUUGGUAAGCAAAUAAGAUAUGAAUCUCGCAAAGCAAGGGCUGAUUCGAGAAAACGUGUGAAAGGUAGAUUUGUGAAAGCAGGCGAAGCAUAUGAUUACGAUCCUAAGAAGACAAGGAGCCUCUAAACAUGUUAUAUCUGUAGCACUGUCCUUUCCUGCAAAUAUGUCCUGCUAAUGUUAAGGAAGUGUAAGAGGUAACAGAUAUGUUGCAUAGAGGAGCAGAAAGUUUGACAGAUUCAAGUUGCCUCAAACUUCAGGCACCCAAAGGAUCUAGUUCCUAAUGUGCAUACCAUUUGCUACUGCUCCAUGACCAAAAAUAGAAAAAGACCCUUUGUUGCAUAAAACUUAGAGUUGGAGAUAGCCAAUUUUAUUUCCCGCUUCUAUGGUGUGUUUUGAGAGGAGAUAUGCAUGGUGAUCCAUAUUUGAAAUUUAACUCUUCAGGGUCCACCUACCUUUUUUCCCUGUUUUAUAGGGGGCUUUUAUAUGGUAUUUGAAUACCAUCAAGGAAUAAAAGAGAAACUGGUGUACAAAUUGUAUCUACAUACAUUGAUUUCAAGAUGUACAGAAUAAUGAUAGUGACAGAUACAAGAGAACGGAACAGAAAGAAGGAGUAUUCUUAAUCCAUUGUUCGUUAGAAUAGUGAAAAUGCCAAGUAUUGAUUCAAAAUUUGAGACAACUAUUGUUGAGUUGGCGGAAAUGUUACUUUCUUAAUUAUCUUCAAGUUCAAAACAUUGCUCCUGUGGCUUGAAGGAAAUUUCAUUUUCUGGCAUUGGUGACUCUGAAUGACCACUCCUGUUCCAUUACUUGGUUGAAGUUUAGGGUUGAGAGAGGCUGUUUCCCACUACCCUUCUUCCUUCUUUUUUAUGUAUAGAUGUAUGCAAAUAUUGCUGCAUGGCAAUAGUGCAGGUAAAGCUUUAUCAUCAUCUCUAGAGGAACAACCAUAUGAGAUGAUUUCAAACAAUAUCCACUAUAUAUACAUGAUUUCAUUUUGAUGUAUUGAAAAUGUAAAAAGAUUUUAUAUUGUCAUUCAGUCAAAUUCAUUCUUUAGAUGAUUAUUUAAGUAGGAGUGUAAACAUUUUUUAUUUCUACUAAUUUCUAGUUUUAACAAGUUUCAUUCAUGUUUUUGACAAUAUUUGUAACCUAGCAGUUACUCUAAGUUAUUGUAGCAUGUAAUCUUUGAAAGCA